CCAAUCAAAAGCAGCCGCUAAGAGCCUGAGGGGAUAAAAGGGGAGCGGGACUUGUAGGAUUCCGCCCAGUUGCGCUAGCCCGCCAGCCCGCCCCGCCGCCCCCCAGCUUAGCUGCUCCUUCCCACAGAGAGCCGCCGGUUCUGAGGCUAACACCAGCAAUGGCCUUUGCAAAUCUGAGGAAAGUGCUCAUCAGUGACAGCCUGGACCCUUGCUGCCGGAAGAUCCUGCAAGAUGGAGGGCUGGAGGUGGUGGAGAAACAGAACCUGAGCAAAGAGGAGCUGAUAGCCGAGCUGCAGGACUGCGAAGGCCUUAUCGUGCGCUCGGCCACCAAAGUGACCGCUGAUGUCAUCAAUGCGGCCGAGAAGCUGCAGGUGGUGGGCAGGGCUGGCACAGGCGUGGACAAUGUGGAUCUGGAGGCCGCGACAAGGAAGGGCGUCCUGGUCAUGAACACCCCCAACGGGAACAGCCUCAGUGCUGCAGAGCUCACCUGCGGGAUGAUCAUGUGCCUGGCCAGGCAGAUUCCCCAGGCCACGGCUUCCAUGAAGGAUGGCAGAUGGGAGCGGAAGAAGUUCAUGGGAACGGAGCUGAAUGGAAAGACCCUGGGAAUUCUCGGCCUGGGCAGGAUUGGGAGAGAGGUGGCCACCCGGAUGCAGUCAUUUGGGAUGAAGACUGUAGGGUAUGACCCCAUCAUUUCUCCAGAGGUCUCGGCCUCCUUUGGUGUUCAGCAGCUGCCCCUGGAGGACAUCUGGCCUCUCUGUGAUUUCAUCACUGUGCACACACCUCUCCUGCCUUCCACAACAGGCUUGUUGAACGACAGCACCUUUGCUCAGUGCAAGAAGGGGGUGCGCGUGGUGAACUGUGCCCGUGGCGGGAUCGUGGAUGAAGACGCCCUGCUCCGGGCUCUGCAGUCUGGUCAGUGUGCUGGAGCCGCGCUGGACGUGUUCACCGAAGAGCCACCACAAGACCGAGCCUUGGUGGACCAUGAGAACGUCAUCAGCUGUCCCCACUUGGGGGCCAGCACCAAGGAGGCCCAGAGCCGCUGUGGGGAGGAAAUUGCCAUCCAGUUUGUGGACAUGGUGAAAGGGAGAUCUCUAGCGGGGGUUGUAAAUGCCCAGGCCCUCACCAGUGCCUUCUCUCCACACACCAAGCCCUGGAUCAGUCUAGCAGAAGCUCUGGGGACACUGAUGCGAGCCUGGGCCGGAUCUCCCAGAGGGACCAUCCAGGUGGUGACACAGGGAGCGUCCCUGGGCAACGCUGGGAGCUGCCUAAGCCCUGCCGUCAUUGUUGGCCUCCUGAAAGGGUCUUCCACACAGGUGGAUGUGAACUUGGUGAACGCCAAUCUGCUGGUGAAAGAGGCUGGCCUCAAGGUCUCCACCUCCCACAGCCCUGCCGCCCCAGGGGAAUGCCUGACCCUGACCGUGGCCCUGGCAGGUGCCCCCUACCUGGCUGUGGGCUCCGUGCAGGGCACCACACCUGUGCUGCAGAUGCUCAACGGAGCUAUCUUCAGGCCAGAAGUGCCUCUGUGCCGGGGCUUGCCCCUGCUGGUGUUCCGAGCCCCGCCCUCCAACCGCACAGUGCUGCCUAUGGUGAUGGGCCUUCUGGCAGAGGCGGGCGUGCAGCUGCUGACCUACCAGACCUCAGUGGCUUCAGAUGGGGAGGCCUGGCACAUCAUGGGCGUCUCGUCCUUGCUGCCCAGCCUGCAGGCGUGGAAGCAGUAUGUGACCGAGGCCUUCCAGUUCCACUUCUAAACUGGGCUCACAGGUCCACGCCUCAGACUUCUCUGAAGAAAGCUCCCCACUGGUCCGUGGGGAGAAGAGAUGCACAUUCCCGGGGGGAAUGGAUUGGCCUCUGGUGCUGCUCCCACCGUCUAGUAAAAAGCCUCCCACCUGC